UGCUGCCACUGCUGCCAUCGUGCCAGCCUGUAGGUUUCUGCUGCUAGGUGAUGAUCCAGAAUGGGAGACAAGCCGAUUUGGGAGCAGAUUGGAUCCAGCUUUGUGCAACAUUACUACCAGUUAUUUGAUAAUGACAGAACCCAAUUAGGAGCAAUAUAUAUUGAUGCCUCUUGCCUUACAUGGGAAGGGCAGCAAUUCCAAGGCAAAGCAGCCAUUGUGGAGAAAUUGUCUAGCCUUCCGUUUCAGAAAAUCCAGCACAAUAUCACAGCUCAGGACCACCAGCCCACCCCUGACAACUGUAUACUCAGCAUGGUGGUGGGGCAGCUAAAGGCUGAUGAAGACCUCAUCAUGGGAUUCCACCAGAUAUUUCUAUUAAAGAAUAUCGAUGAUGCUUGGGCGUACACCAGUGACAUGUUCAGGCUAGCACUGCACAACUUCGGCUGA